ACCGCUGCGCCACUCCGGAGCCCAAGUUAGGGGAGGGAACUACAUCUGGGAACAAGGAAAGGAUUCGAGGGAUGGACGAAUGUUUGGAAUUCCGUUAUAAUGAACAUUGUUUCGAACAGAACGUGAUUUAUCAAUUUAAUUCAGAGAUCUACUAAACGUGUAACUUUACAUUUUGAUUGUACCUUUGAGCUUUGGCUAAAUUUGAUCAUGGCUUCUUUGCCGUCCUCUCCCAAAUCGCCGACGACUCCGAAAUCUCCCUCUUCCAGAAAAAAUGACUCGUUCCUGGGAAAACUUGGAGGAACUUUAGUAAGAAGAAAGAAAGCAAAAUAAGUGUCUGAGCUCCAGGAGGAAGGGAUGAAUGCCAUCAACCUGCCACUGAGCCCCACCCAAUAUGAACUGGACCCAGAAGACACCGUGUUAGAGGAGAAUGAGGUCCGCACCAUGGUCGACCCCAACUCCAACAACGACAGCAAACUACAGGAACUCCAGCAGGUGCUGAUCGACUGGAUCAAUGAUAUGUUGGUAGGAAAGAGGAUCAUCGUGAAGGACCUGGCUGAAGAUCUAUACGACGGGCAGGUUUUGCAGAAACUCUUUGAGAACCUGGAGGGGGAGAAGCUGAACGUUGCUGAGGUGACCCAGUCGGAGAUCGCGCAGAAGCAACAGACGGUUCGAGACUCCAUCAAGAUCUCCGCCAGGAGCAUCAAAUGGAACGUAAAAUCUGUACAUGCUAAGAGUAUAGUGGCCAUUCUUCACCUGUUGGUGGCGCUGUCUUAACACUUCAGAGUACCAAUCAGACUUCCUGACCACGUGUCCAUCCAAGUAGUGGUGGAUCAGAAAAGGGAGGGAAUUCUUCAGUCCCGCCAGAUCCAGGAGGAGAUCACAGGCAAUAGAGGGUAUGUCAGCUCUCAGCUCGAGCGAGAUGCUUUCGAAGCCCUGUUUGACCAUGCUCCAGACAAGCUCAAUGUGGUGAAACAGGUACUAUUUGUGAACAAACACUUGAACAAGCUCAAUCUGGAGGUGGCUGAACUGGACACACAGUUUGCUGACAGUGUUUACCUGGUUCUGCUGUUGGGACUGCUGGAGGGCUACUUUGUUCCGCUCUAUAAUUUACUCCUGACAGAUGAGAAUUUUGACCAAAAGGUGUACAACGUGUCCUUCUCCUUUGAGCUGAUGCAAGAUGAAGGUCUGGAGAGACCCAGGCCUGAAGAUAUUGUGAACUGUGACCUGAAGUCCACGCUGAUGGUUCUGUAUAAUCUCUUCACCUGUAACAGACAUGUGAAACUGAAUAUGUGGUGUUGUUGGCACUCAUUUUACUGGUAAAUAUUCAAUUGCAAUUUUCACAAUUGCAUGCUUCAAGGGAAGCUUUUUAAUUAUACCAAGAGCACUACGAACCAAUCCAGGACAUUAAGCAUUUAUAUUACGAAACAACAAUUUAGCAAUAGAUUGUACCAAAUAUUGUAUGUGCCAUAAUAAUAACUAAAAAUUGUAUGUGCCAUUUUUUACUUGUCUGCAACUACACUAAAUAUACAUUACCAGUCAAAAGGCAGGACACACCUACUCAUUUCAGGGUUUUUCUUUAUUUGUACUGUUUUCAACAUUGUAGAAUA